UAACUCUUCUAUUUACUGUUCUUCUUCAAUUGUUUAUGCGUUUUUGUUUUGAUUUUAAACUUUAUCGUUCUUACAGUUUGCUGUUUGUUUCUUAUUUAUACGACGACGGUAUUUGGCAGUAGCAAACUUUUGGAUUUGUGUAAUCUGGUUGGAUUGCAUCCUGAUCUAAGAAUUACAAGCUUUAUUUUCCAUCCUUCAAUGAGACUUCAUCAUUGAAUAAUGGAGGAAUAUAUUGAAUAUAUUCUUUGUGGAGAAAUAUUAGUAGCACCUGCGAUAGAUUCGAAAUAUCAAUACUGCCUGAAAUGCAACGAAUGCAGUGAAUACUAUUCAACAUUGGACGAGUUUAUUGCCCAUCAUCAAUCGGACCACAAUGUUGAUGGUCUGGACAAUAUUUCAUCAUCACCUGCUUCAGAAGUGGAAUGCAAUGAGGAAUAUUUAGAAAUAUAUUCACCGCUAUCCGUCAAGGCGGAGCAUUCGAAUGAUGGCUGUGAAGUAGCACCUCCACUGUCUCCAACAAGCUACAGCGAAACACAAACACACGAUAAGAAUAUGGAUGAUGGCAGUACAAAAUCUGAAAUUGAUGACGAGGAAGGGUUUAAAGGAUUUGAAAGCGAAGGUAUGGCCGGAGAUGAUGAGACGGACCCUUUAGAUCAACCACAGUGUGAGCGAACAGAAGGUCCUAUUAAUGAUGAAGACAACGAUAACGCAUGUCUUGAAUCAGAAGCUGAGUGGGAACCAGAGGACAACAAAACUAAGGUGUUCGUGAGUCAGUUCUUGAAAUGUGAAAAAAAUUUCCUAACAUUUAUAGAGGCCUACAAAAAGCAACCUCGUCUAUGGAAUUGGAAGCAAUAUCCGUCAAAGCUUAACUCUAGUAAAGAGCGUGAAAAAUAUUGGUCGCAAAUUGCCGCAGAAAUCCGAAAUAAUUUAAACAUUGAGAUUACCUGCAAGUACGUAUCAGCAGUAAUAAGACGAAUUCGAAAUGGUUAUGCCAUUAAGUUGAAUCGCCUCAAGUCUUAUGAGCAGCGUGGUGGAACACUUAAAAGCAGGAAUAUUCCUCAGUGGUACUUUAACAAGAUGCAAUUUCUAGAACCAUUUCUGAACAAUUAUUCUAUUGUAGAAAUUGGUGUACAGCGGCAACCGUUGGAGACAGAAGAAAUUAUACAAAUUCUAAAGAUUUAUAAAAGAUUUCCACACUUGUGGAACACAAAUCUCGUAGAAAAUGUCUGCACAAAUAAACGCGAUGAAGCUCUAAGUCAAAUGAUCGAGGCCUUACAGUCAGAAUUAUCAUUGCAGGUGGAUGAUGUAGCCCUUAAGAAGUAUUUGUACUGCAUCCAUGGCCACUUUACCACCGAGAAGGCCAAAAUGCUGCACAAGAAAACAUCGACCAAAGACAUAUCGAUAUAUUACGAGCAUAUGUUGUUUUUAGAUGAGCAUGUUGGCCCCUUCUAUUGUUCGGAGUGUGGCAAAAAACAUAAGAAUCCUCUGCAGUUAAAAGUACAUGAAUCUCUGUCACAUGGUCUGGAACCUUUAAAGUGUCCUCUCUGCGUCAAAACCUAUACCAAUGUUCAGGCUUAUACAUUUCAUGCCCGACGACAUAUGAACGAUACCAGUGAAGUGUGUAGAGUUUGUGGGAAAACAUUUAUAAAAGUUGUAGAUCUAACAGCCCACAUGCGUGGACACAAUGGCAUUAAGCCAUAUUUCUGUGAAAUAUGUGGCUCUUCGUUUACUAUGCCAUCGUCAUUGACCGAACACAAGAAGCGACACAGUGCCCAAAAUAAAGAACAUUGUUCAAUUUGUUCCAAGGCGUUCUUUAGCAAACGAAGAUUAAAUAUGCAUCUGUUAACACAUUCAAAUUCGAGAAGUUUCGUUUGCAACAUCUGUGGAAAGGCAUUUAAAACUAAAAAAACAAUGCGAGCCCACGAAACAAUACAUGAAGAUAGCCGCAAUCAUCCAUGUCCGCUUUGUGGUAAAAUGUUUAAAAAUAGAAUUGGUGUUACGCAGCAUUUGAGAACGCACCGAAAUAACGCCGAUACAGCAUCAAAUCCUUUUAUUGGUAGUUGAAUGGAGAGCCGUGAUAUAUUUUUUUUAAUUCAAGAGAUAUCUAUAUAAGAACAAUAAAUGUUAUUUAUGUCUUUUUAAAUUGAUGUUUUUAUUUUAGAUUAGCAAUAUUACAAAUAAGAUAUAUGGUUUUUGUAUGAUGAAUGUGAAAGAAAACUCCAUUCCAAAUGAGGGUUGAGUGAAAAAAAAACAAAUACAUAAAAACUUAUUUGCGAUGGUGUUUUUCUGCGCUUUCACUUUCGUAUCGUCAUACAAAAACCGGACCAAACUUUUUUGUACUACAAUUAUAAUAAACUUUAAAUGUUGAAAUAAAUAAUAAUAGUCGAACGAUAAGGUGACUGUCAAUCAUAUUGUUUUAAACUUGUCAAAUUCAAUCGAA